CGCCUCGUGGGCGGCGUGGCGUGGCCGGCGGCUGUCUCUGCCGCCGCCUCGAGUGAGCCUCGUCUCGCUCUGAGUCUACUCGAGCCUCGUCUCGUGUGCCGCAUUGUGGGCGGCGUAGCGCGCGGGCGGCUGUCUCUGCCGCCGCCUCGAGUGAGCCUCGUCUCGCUCUUUGUCUACUCGAGCCUCGUCUCGUGUGCCGCCUCGUGGGCGGGGUGGCGUGGCGGGCGGCUGUCUCUGCCGCCGCCUCGAGUGAGCCUCGUCUCGCUCUUCGUCUACUCGAGCCUCGCCUCGUGUGCCGCCUCGUGGGCGGCGUGGCGGGCGGGCGGCUGUCUCUGCCGCCGCCUCGUGUGAGCCUCGUGUCGCUAUUCGUCUACUCGAGCCUCGUCUCGUGUGCCGCCUUGUGGGCGGCGUGGCGUGGCCGGCGGCUGUCUCUGCCGCCGCCUCGAGUGAGCCUCGUGUCGCUCUUUGUCUACUCGAGCCUCGUCUCGUGUGCCGCCUCAUGGGCGGCGUGGCGGGCGGGCGGCUGUCUCUGCCGCCGCCUCGAGUGCGCCUCGUCUCGCUCUUCGUCUACUCGAGCCUCGUCUCGUGUGCCGCCUCGUGGGCGGCGUGGCGGGCGGGCGGCUGCCUCCGACGCCGCCUCGAGUGCGCCUCGUCUCGCUCUUCGUCUACUCGAGCCUCGUCUUGUGUGCCGCCUCGUGGGCGGCGUGGCGGGCGGGCGGCUGUCUCUGCCGCCGCCUCGAGUGCGCCUCGUCUCGCUCUUUGUCUACUCGAGCCUCGUCUCGUGUGCCGCCUCGUGGGCGGGGUGGCGAGCGGGCGGCUGUCUCUGCCUCCGCCUCGAGUGCGCCUCGUCUCGCUCUUUGUCUACUCGAGCCUCGUCUCGUGUGCCGCCUCGUGGGCGGCGUAGCGGGCGGGCGGCUGUCUCUGCCGCCGCCUCGAGUGAGCCUCGUCUCGCUCUUCGUCUACUCGAGCCUCGUCUCGUGUGCCGCCUCGUGGGCGGCGUGGCGGGCGGGCGGCUGUCUCCGCCGCCGCCUCGAGUGAGCCUCGUCUCGCUCUUCGUCUACUCGAGCCUCGUCUCGUGUGCCGCCUCGUGGGCGGCGUGGCGGGCGGGCGGCUGUCUCUGCCUCCGCCUCGAGUGCGCCUCGUCUCGCUCUUUGUCUACUCGAGCCUCGUCUCGUGUGCCGCCUCGUGGGCGGCGUAGCGGGCGGGCGGCUGUCUCUGCCGCCGCCUCGAGUGCGCCUCGUCUCGCUCUUCGUCUACUCGAGCCUCGUCUCGUGUGCCGCCUCGUGGGCGGCGUGGCGGGCGGGCGGCUGUCUCCGCCGCCGCCUCGAGUGCGCCUCGUCUCGCUCUUCGUCUACUCGAGCCUCGUCUCGUGUGCCGCCUCGUGGGCGGCGUGGCGGGCGGGCGGCUGUCUCUGCCGCCGCGUCGAGUGCGCCUCGUCUCGCUCUUUGUCUACUCGAGCCUCGUCUCGUGUGCCGCCUCGUGGGCGGCGUGGCGGGCGGGCGGCUGUCUCUGCCGCCGCCUCGAGUGAGCCUCGUCUCGCUCUUCGUCUACUCGAGCCUCGUCUCGUGUGCCGCCUCGUGGGCGGCGUGGCAGGCGGGCGGCUGUCUCUGCCGCCGCCUCGAGUAAGCCCGUCUCGCUCUUCGUCUACUCGAGCCUCGUCUCGUGUGCCGCCUCGUGGGCGGGGUGGCGUGGCGCGCGGCUGUCUCUGCCGCCGCCUCGAGUGAGCCUCGUCUCGCUCUUCGUCUACUCGAGCCCCUCGUGUGCCACCUCAUGGGCGGCGUGGCGGGCGGGCGGCUGUCUCUGCUGCCGCCUCGAGUGAGCCUCGUCUCGCUCUUCGUCUACUCGAGCCUCGUCUCGUGUGCCGCCUCGUGGGCGGGGCGGCGGGCGGGCGGCUGUCUCUGCCUCCGCCUCGAGUGCGCCUCGUCUCGCUCUUUGUCUACUCGAGCCUCGUCUCGUGUGCCGCCUUGUGGGCGGCGUAGCGGGCGGGCGGCUGUCUCUGCCGCCGCCUCGAGUGCGCCUCGUCUCGCUCUUCGUCUACUCGAGCCUCGUCUCGUGUGCCGCCUCGUGGGCGGCGUGGCGGGCGGGCGGCUGUCUCCGCCGCCGCCUCGAGUGAGCCUCGUCUCGCUCUUCGUCUACUCGAGCCUCGUCUCGUGUGCCGCCUCGUGGGCGGCGUGGCGGGCGGGCGGCUGUCUCUGCCUCCGCCUCGAGUGCGCCUCGUCUCGCUCUUUGUCUACUCGAGCCUUGUCUCGUGUGCCGCCUCGUGGGCGGCGUAGCGGGCGGGCGGCUGUCUCUGCCGCCGCCUCGAGUGCGCCUCGUCUCGCUCUUCGUCUACUCGAGCCUCGUCUCGUGUGCCGCCUCGUGGGCGGCGUGGCGGGCGGGCGGCUGUCUCUGCCGCCGCCUCGAGUGAGCCUCGUCUCGCUCUUCGUCUACUCGAGCCUCGUCUCGUGUGCCGCCUCGUGGGCGGCGUGGCGGGCGGGCGGCUGUCUCUGCCGCCGCCUCGAGUGCGCCUCGUCUCGCUCUUCGUCUACUCGAGCCUCGUCUCGUGUGCCGCCUCGUGGGCGGCGUGGCGGGCGGGCGGCUGUCUCUGCCGCCGCCUCGAGUGCGCCUCGUCUCGCUCUUCGUCUACUCGAGCCUCGUCUCGUGUGCCGCCUCGUGGGCGGGGUGGCGUGGCGGGCGGCUGUCUCUGCCGCCGCCUCGAGUAAGCCCGUCUCGCUCUUCGUCUACUCGAGCCUCGUCUCGUGUGCCGCCUCGUGGGCGGCUAAGCGGGCGGGCGGCUGUCUCCGCCGCCGCCU